CGGCAGACCGUCAGGUGGGAGUAAGAAGUCACUGGUUGGCGUAGGUCUCCACAGAGUAAGGCGGAGGACAGCUGGCGGGUGUGGGUGUGGACGGGUUGUGCCUACAGGACCUGUGUGCACCCUGCCAGUACCUUGAGAGGCCUGAAGAGGGCGUCAAAUCCCCUGAAGCUGGAGGGGACGAAGCCUGAAGAAGAAUGGCCAGCUCCAGUUCUCAACACACGGUCUGUGGGUCAGUGACAUUUAGGGAUGUGGCUGUUGACUUCUCUCAGGAGGAGUGGGCCUGCCUGGAUGCUACUCAGAAGGUCUUAUACAGGGACACGAUGUUGGAGACCUACAGCCACCUCGUCUCAGUGGUGGGGAGAUGCAUUUCCAAGCCACAUCUGAUCACCUUACUAGAGCAGGAGAAAGAGCCCUGGAUGGCUGUGAAGGAAGAAUCAGACAGGCCGAGCCCAGGUGUGAAGACAUGUUUUAAAGCUGAAAAUGUUUCUGAUAUAAACGUAAACAAACAGAGCAUAAAGCACUUAAGUAAAACUUUUGACCUCAAAGAGUCUACUUUUAGUGAUGGCCCCAACUACAGGACACUCAGUGGACUACAGGGUUGUCAAGGAGAUGCUGAUCAAAAGAGUAAUAACAAGGACGGAACGCCCCCUUACACCUGCCAGGCUCUUGCUCACAAUGUAGAAAGAGCCUAUGAAUGUAAGGAGUGUGGGAAGGCCUUCAGACUUCCCCAACAGCUUACAAGACAUCAGAAGUCUCACAGUGGUGAGAAACCUUUCAAGUGCAAUGAGUGUGGAAAGGCGUUUCAUCUUCCUGGCCUGCUCAAGUACCAUAAAACCAUCCAUACAGGUGAAAAACCUUUUGAAUGUGAAGAAUGUGGGAAGUCCUUCAAUUGUGUCUCCCACCUCGUUGAACACAGGACCAUUCAUGCUGGUGUGAAACCCUAUGAGUGUAAUGACUGUGGGAAAGCCUUUAAACGUCACUCAUACCUUAUGCAGCAUCAGAAAAUUCAUUCUGGUGACAAACCCUUUCAGUGUAAGGAGUGUGGGAAGGCCUUCACCGUUCUGCCACAGCUCACUCAACACCAGAACACUCAUACUUCAGAGAAAUUUGAAUGUAAGCAGUGUGGGAAGAUAUUUAGUGGUGGUUUUUACCUUGUACGACACCAGAGCAUUCACACUGGUGAGAAGCCCUUCGAAUGUAAUGUAUGUGGGAAGGCCUUUAGGCUUCAAGUAUACCUUAAUGAGCAUCAGAAAACUCACACCGAUGAGAAGCCCUUCAAGUGUAAGCUCUGUGAGUCGGCCUUCAGACGUAAGUACCAGCUCAGUGAACAUCAGAAAAUUCAUACCAAUGUGAAACCCUAUCAGUGCAAGGAUUGUGGGAAAUUCUUUCGCCGGCGUUCGAAUUUUACUGAGCAUCAGAGUAUUCACACCGGAAAGAAACCCUUCGAGUGUAAGCAGUGUGGGAAGGUCUUUAGGCUUAAUAUACAUCUCAUUCGUCAUCAGAGUUUUCAUAGUGGUAAGAGACCUUUUGAAUGCAAUGAAUGUGGAAAGGGUUUUCAUUUUUCCAGCCAGCUUAAUUACCAUAAAACCAUUCAUACAGGUCAGACACCUUUUGAAUGUGAAAAAUGUGGGAAGUCCUUCAAGCGCGUCUGCAGCCUUUUGGAGCAUAGGGUUAUUCAUGCUGCUGUGAAACCGUAUGAGUGUAGUGAGUGUGGGAAAACUUUUAAUCGUCGCUCAAACCUCGUGCAACAUCAGAAAAUUCAUUCUGGUGAGAGACCCUUUGAGUGUAAGGAGUGUGGGAAGGGCUUCACUGUGCUGGCUCAGCUCACACGACACCAGACAAUUCAUACUGGAGAGAAAUCAUUUGAAUGUGAGCAGUGUGGGUCAGCCUUCAGACUCCAGUACCAACUUACUCAACAUCAGAGAAUUCAUAAUGAUGUGAAACCAUUUGAGUGCAAGGAAUGUGGAAAGGGCUUUGUUCGUGGUACAGCUCUUAGAAUCCAUGAAAGAAUCCAUACUGGUGAGAGGCCCUUUCAGUGUAAGGAAUGUGGAGAAGGUUUUCAAUAUCAUUAUCAAUUUCUUGGACAUUCUAGAACUCAUACUGGCAAGAAGCCUUAUGAAUGUAAUGAAUGUGGGAAGUACUUUGCUCGUGAUGGAGACCUUAAAGUACAUCAAAGAAUUCACACUGGUAAGAAACCAUAGACUAGUGUUAAGAAUGUGGGGAGGCCUUUAAUUGAAAAUCAAGCUUGGUUUGACACGCUAAAAUUCAUAUUAAUAAGAAGCCUUAUGAUGUAAGGUAUCUGGAAAGACCUUCAGUAAUUCUAAGCUAGCUGUAUGUAAAAGAAUUCAUACUGAUAAGAAAAUGUUAAUGUCACUGGUGGUGGAGAGAGAACCACCACACCACAGUUUAAAGCCAAAUUUGAAGUAAGCUUUAAGUAAAUACUAGCCAGGUUAUGGACUCUCUGGCCAGGUCCAGCUUUGGGUUUCCAGAAAUAACCAUGAAUCCUCUGUUGCAGGGGCUUAGAAAGGCAAUCCCACAAUGCCACGUAUUUCCCACCAGGUACAAGCAAGGCCAAGCAUAUAAUCUGACUUAUUUCCUGCCUAUGUACCUCCUGCCUGCAUGUCAAAUCAGCAGCCAGGGUGCAUCCUGAUAUAUUUCCUUCUCAUGUACUUCCUCUCCAACUUGUGAUCAAGCACAUCUGGUGUAUUUGGGGCAAACAAAUUUACUAAGGAGAAUGAAACCAUGUGACUGGUUAUUGCCCAUAAACAAUAGCCUCCAGCAUUUCAGGAAGUAUUUGAUCUUGGGCAAGGGGCUUACAGGUUAACAGCAUUUUGUUUCAUGUGUCUUUGAGGCACAGUAAUUAAAACUUGAAAUGUAACUUUGGCUCUCAGAAAACCCUGUGAAGGUAAGAAAUGUGGAAAAAUAUGUAGAUUUAGUUUAGUCUUUACUACACAUUGGAGAAUUCAUACUGGUAUGAAACCCUUAUCACUGUAAAUAGUGUGGAAAGACCUUUAAUUAGACCUCAGGUCUUCUUCAUAAUAAAAUAAUCCAUGCUGGUGUCAAACACUAUGACUGCAAUGGAAUGUGGCAACAUUUAUAGAAUUAGCUCAGUUCUCAAAGCUCAUCAGAAAGUAUAUAUAUAUAUAUAUAUAUAUAUAUAUAUAUAUUUGAAAAAAAUAUAUAUAUAUUUGAAACCCCAUGUAUUUAAAGACUGUGGAAAAGCCUUUAUUGUAAAUAGUCAGCUUACACAAGAUCAGAAAAUCCAUGCUCAUCAGAAGUCCUAUGCAUGUAAGAAAUGUGGACAAACCUUUGGAAAUUUUACUGAUCAUCAGAGAACUCAUAAGUCAAGAUUGUGACUUAAAAGAAUGUAAGAAGGACUUUAAUUUGCCCUAGAUUUCGGUCAACAUCUGAAUAUUUAUAUAUUCUUGAUGCCAAGAAACCAUUUGAGAAUUGAGAGUGCAGGGAGUCUAUUGUUCAGAGAAGAUACUCCGUCAACAGUGUUCUUAAUUUACUCUUAUCGUGUUAGUUCUACAAACUUAACCAAACGCUACUCAGUCAAUUUAGAAAGAGCAGUUAUUAGAACUAGAACUAUCUGUGGUAUCUUCUUUGUCACCAUUAACAUCCCAGUGUUCCUGAGAUGGUAGACUGGAUGUUUAUUUCUGCAUAGUUUGUUAAUGGUAAGCACAGAACUAGCCAAACUUAUGGAAACAGGGUUGUGAUAGAUUAAAAUCCUUGAGACUAUUUGGGUCAUGUUCUGUAAAGUAGCGUUACAGUAUUCUUGCUUUCAUUGGCAUUAUGCAACUGAUAUGAAAGGCAAGUGGUAUUGCAGAUAGUUUUUUAAAAAGCCUCAUGUAGUCCUCCAAUAUUAAAUUCCGAAUACUUCCUUAUGGAUAAAAUCUAAUGGAUGAAAACAUACAUGAAUACAUCUUCAUUCCUAAUCCAUUCCUUAAGCUUUUGUGCAGAGAUUUCAAAAACACACCUGUUGGCGAAUAAGUACUCUUUAAAGGAGCUAAACAAAUGUAACUUUCAAAAGGUAAAGUCCUGUAAUUUAUGCUUUCUGCCAAAACAUUAAGAUAAAAUACAUCUGUGACAGGGCUAGACAGUACGGUCUCUUCCAUCUCAUAUGUUUGUGGAAAACUCUGGUCUAUGAACCAGAAGUCAAGAUGCCCUUGCUAAUUUAUCUUGGCUUUUGUCAAACUGCCUGCAUGUGCAAACCUCUCCUUUCAGUUAGCCUCUUGUCUUGGCUUCUGUCAAACAGCCUGCUUAUGUAAAAGCUUCCCUGCGGCUGUUGAGCAAAAUAACAGAAUGUAGGGGUUUUUUGUUUGUUUGUUUGUUUGUUUUUGCUUUUAAUAGCCCCUUACUCUAAAUACUUGGGAGCUAUACUUAGAUUGCAAAUACCUGAGUAUAGUCCCAGACAACUGGAAUAAAGUCUUUCAGUUGGUUAAAACUGUGUCUGAGUGAUCUUCUCUGGUAGACUCACAAUGAAACAUUAACAAAAAUAGCCAAAAUUGAAACUACCUAUAAAAAUACAUGUGAGAAAUUUUUCAUACAUAGUUGGAAGAAUCAAAAGUACACGUAUGUGUCCUCACCUGGACUCAAAAUUGAUAACAAUUUACUAGGUUGAUAUAUAUAUGAUAUCAUAUAUAUAUAUAUGAGAUGGCUCAGCAGUUAAUAAUACUGUCUAUUUUCCCAGAAGACAAGGAGAUAAGGAAAUAAUCCAGAAUUUUACAACUUUCAGAAAUAUUUCAUUGGCUUCCAAACUGUCAUUUUUACAAAUGUAUAUAUUCUUCAGGUGGGGUGGUGCAUGCCUUUAAUUCCAGCACUUUGGAGAUAGAGGAAGGCAGCUCUUUGAGUUUAAGGCCAGCCUGGUUUAUAGAGUGAGUUCCAGGACAGCCAGGGCUACAUGGAGAAGCCAUCUCUAUAAGCAAAGCAAAAACUAAAACAAAUGUAUAUAUCUUAAGGAGAAGCCAGUGUGGAUAUAGAUUUGGCCAUUUCUAUUCAAACCACAAGUGUCUUGCCUACAUGUGCGCUUUCUUUGUGCCUGGUGCCUGAGGGGUCUAGAAGAGGGUACCAGAUAUCCCUGGCUGUAGUCCAGCUAGUCCAACAAUGGCUAGUUGUGGAUGGAAAGUUAAGAAUCUAGUACUUGCUCAGUCCCAUAAGGCUGGAUGUCUCAGCUGGUCUUCAGUAUACGCUGGAAUGUCAAAGACAUAGUGUCCGAUGCUGGUUUAACACGGAUGUGGCAGCAAGGUGAAGGCAAGCAGGCAAAGAGCAGAAGCUUCCUUUUUCUCUGUCCUUGUAUAGAUUUCCAGCAGAAGCUAUGACCCAGAUUAAAGGUGUGCCUUCUACCUCAAGAUCUGGGAUAAAAGUGUGUGUCUUUCCCCUUCGAUAUCCUAAUUAAAGCUGUGAGUCUUUCAGCCUCAAGAUCCAGAUCAAAUGUGUUUGUCUUCCAACCUCAAAGAUUUGGACUAGAAGUACAUUCACUUAGAUCAAAAUCAAGCAGAAAAUCUCUCACAAGUGUGCCCUUGAUUUCUGUGUUGUAGUUCAUUACUGAUAUAGUCAAGUUGACAACCAUGAAUCACACCACUGAAAAUAAGUUAACUGGAAGGAAGAUGCCUAUCACCUUGUAAGAUACUGUAUGGUCAUGCUUCUGUCUCAUAGAAGCACAGGUGAACAUGUGUGCAUGUUUCAGGAUGCUGAGUGGUGAAGUGUGUGCAACGUUGAAAGAGAUGGAUGUGUGUUUCUUCAAUGUCAGUAACUGAAUAAACAAUAAAUUUACAGCCGUUGUCUUUCUGCAUAUAAUUUGUCAUGUAAUCCCAACUUUGCUUGAUAGCUGGUUGGUGACAAUUACAAGUUCUUUGAUUCUAGUCUUUGUUUCUGUUUUUUUCUGUUUUUGUUUUUGUUUUUAUUUUUCAAGACAGGGUUUCUCUGUGUAAUGGCCCUGGCUGUCUGGCUAUCCUGGACUGGCUUUGUAGAGAAGGCAGGCCUUCAACUCACAGAAAUCCUCCUGCCUUUGUCUUCCAAAUGAUGGGAUUAAAGGCAUGCACUGCCACCAUGACUGUUUUAUUCCAAUCUCUGUUACCAAUGUGAAGACUUCCAUUACAUAUUAACAUAUCACACAGUAAUAUACAAAUAUGGCUAAGAAAGGGUUAAAGAGGUUUCAAUUCAAAGAGGCUAUACUGAAGUACAUACACAGCUGAUAGAGGCCAAAAGAGAGCCUGGAGAGACCAGAAAUUUGCUAGAAACUACAGGUGCUACAGUGAAAGAGAGAGAAGUCCUCCUGGGUCUGUAGGCAGCAGCUUCUGCCCUAGAGAUCGGCUCCGAGAUUCUCAGGGGCAUUGCUGUGUUCUGAUCUUUUCCUACAGUGAAUGCUAUUGCUGCUAUGGUGGUGCUGGCUGUAAUAGCAGGCAUGAGGUAGAUGACCUGAAGAAGAGCUUUACAGAUGAGGACAGAUAAUGAUUUCUGAUUCUUGCACAAAACUGCUCUGGACCUUCUGUGAAAAUCUAUUUGCUAUCUUUUGGAGUCAAGUGACCCAGUGAUGGUUUAGUCCUUCUGAAAAAUGAAAUCGGAUCCACUCUCACCAAUUUUCAUGAAUUGACUAGGCACUUUCUCUGGUAGGGGAAAUCCCAUUUGUAUCUUAAGACCUGUGUUCCUCUUGUUGGGGAUGGAAACGCUUGGCUCCACCGAGUCCCCCAGAAACCCCUAAAACUUGUUUUCUCAGCCCCCGGCUUGUGGAUCAGAGGCUUGUUUCAUCACUUGACUCUUUGGGGGUGAGUCUUACGGUUGCUGUUUAAUAAUAAAACGUUU